AUGAAUGCCAUCAAAUGUGUUCUGGUGGGUGAUGCUGCUGUUGGGAAGACAGCACUUCUUGUUCGCUUCACCUCUGAGACAUUUCCAGACUCCUACAAGCCAACAGUAUAUGAGAAUACAGGGGUGGAUGUUUUCAUGGAUGGGAACCAGAUCAGUCUUGGUCUCUGGGACACAUCAGGCAAUGACGCAUUUAAGACCAUCCGCCCAAUUUCAUUCCAGCAUGCAGAUAUUGUCUUACUGUGCUUCUCUGUUAGCAACCAUACUUCAUUUCUGAACAUAAGGCACAAGUGGAUAGCUGAGGUCAAGCAACAUCUUCCCCAUAUCCCUGUGCUGGUUGUGGCCACUCAGACUGACCAAAGGGAGAUGAAUCACAUGCGUGCCCCCUGCAUCAGCCCUGAAGAUGGUAAGCAGUUAGCACAAGACGUUCGAGCCAAAGGAUAUUUGGAGUGCUCAGCUCUUAGCAACCGAGGAGUACCACAAGUGUUUGAAUGUGCUGUGCGGACAGCAGUCAACCAGGCCAAAAAAAGAGCAAGACGGAAAAGAUUCUCUGUUAAUGAGUGCAAAAUUAUUUGA